UUUUUUCACCCGUCCUCAGCUCUGUCAGGAUGAAGUAGUUUCCGGGCGACGGACUACCAGCAGUAAACAUGGCGGAGGAACUGCUGGAAGCAGUGGAUAGACUCCAGUCGCGGCUCCAGGACAAUCCGGAGCCUCGAAAGCUACUGAAGACUUUAAAAAGACUGGGGGAGCUUCCCAUGACUGUGGAAAUACUGGUGGAAACCGGAGUAGGGAAGACUGUCAAUUCUUUAAGGAAGCAUCAGCUGGGUGGAGAGAUGGCGAAAGGCCUCGUGGCCAAAUGGAAGAAACUGGUUCCUCAGUCAGACAGACCCAGCAACGUCAAAGAGGCACCGAGGUCACACACCCACUCCCGAGGCCCCGAGGCGGGUGGUGGGGUCGGAGGAAGCCACAGACGCACCCGGGAGCCCUCCCCUGAGGAAGAGCCCUCUCACGAGGAAGAGGAGGAGGAGGAAUUGGAAGUAGAGAGAGGCUAUCACACAAACUACUCGCCCUCCCCCUCUCGAAACCAGCACUACAGCCCCCCGCGGCGGGGAGGCUACCAGUCGGAUGAGUACGAGAGCCCCGAGCCUGAGCCUGAGCACGAACCCGAACCUGAGCCUAGUCCUCCUCCUCCUCCUCCUCUUCGCAAAGAGGUCCGCCUCGCCAAACCAAGCAAAGAAACUAACAGAAACCACCACCACGGUACCCACGGCGAAAGAAACCGAGACGAGGAGCGCCGGCAACGCCACACACAGACGGGUAGCGCUCAAAGAGGAGAUGGAGCAGCAGCAGCAGCAGAAGGAGGAGGAGGAGGAGGGAGAGAAGACAGUGAAGGAAAGAACCGCAGCACUGACAAAGAGAGUCCAGUGACAAAGUCUGCAAAGCACAGCAGGAAGUCCACCGCUCAUGAGAGUAAGAGGGAGGAGAAGAAGAAAGGAGGAGACGACGGGCGGACGCGGGCACCGAAGGACUCUCAGGCCGAGGAAGAGGAGGAAGACUUUGACACUCCCACCAUGUCCUUCGAGUCUUUCCUCACAUAUGACGCCCCGACACCCGUCAAGAAGAAGAAGAAGCAGCAGCAGCAGCCGCCGCCACCGUCCUCCUCCACAGCGUCGUCACAUCGUUCACGCACCCCUCCGCCUGCCCCCUCCUCCUCAUCUUCCUCCUCCGCCAAGGGGAGCAAGGCCAACGGCACUCAGAGUACCAAGAGGCCGCAUUCAGGCUCCGCUUCUACCACAGUGGAAAAACGCAAGCGGGUGGUUGAGGUCAUUACAACUCUCCCUGAAAUCCCUCUGCCAGCGAUCCAACCCAACUACAGACCUCUGCCCUCCAUCGACGUAACGCCACUGUCUCCUCAGAGACGGAAAGUUCCUGUGUGCAACGACGAGGAGGACUCCGGGUUCACAGGGAAACGGUUUAACUCCAAGAUGGUUGUCUACUCCGGAUCGAAGACCGCUUACUUGCCCAAGAUGAUGACUCUGUACGAGCAGUGCAUCCGUGUGCUGCAGAACAACAUCGACUCCAUCACCGAGGUCGGAGGAGUGCCGUUCGAUAUCAUGGAGCCGGUGCUGGAGCGGUGCACACCGGAGCAGCUGUUCCGCAUCGAGCAGAGCAACCAGUGGUUUACAGAGGAAUCCGACGAGCUGUGGAUGCGGCAUUGUAAGCGGGACUUCAAGCGAGAGUCUCCUCAAGAGUACGAGUCGUGGCGGGAGAUGUAUCUGAGGCUGCACGACGAGCGCAAGGAGCGACUGAAGAUGCUGACCCAGAACAUCCACUCUUCCCAAGCCAACAAGCCCAAAGGGCGGCAGGUCAAGAUGGCGUUUGUCAAUUCUGUCGCCAAGCCGCCACGAGACGUCCGCCGCCGACAGGAGAAGUUUGGCACCAUCAGCGGCUCGUCGGCCAGCUCCACUGCCGCAGCAGCUCCCAUCAAAAUAAGACCAGCUACCACAGACUACUCCGGUGAAUCAAGUCGCUCCUUUUCCCCCCAACUGAACCCUUCUCCCGGCUCGUCUCGCUCCUCCGCAGCAGGUAGUAGUGGUGGAGCAGCAGCAGGCGUUGGUGGUCCUGCCGCCCGGGACAAACCACAGGUCAAAAAAAUCGCCCCAAUGAUGGCCAAAACUAUCAAAGCUUUCAAGAACAGAUUCUCCCGCCGAUAGUGUGAAAGAGACUGAAUGUAUUUUAUGGAUUCCAACUGUGUUUUUAAUUUAAGUUUUUAGCAAAAUUUGACUGGAGACCCCUGCACACACACACGCACACACGCACACACACCGUCAACUUUUCCACCAGACAUAUCCUAUGAAUUUAUCAGUAUUGGUGGAAACAUGUAGAUUAUUUUCUGUUUUGGGGGGGUAUAAGUAUUUAAAUAAUUAACAACGGUCAUUUGGUAUGACAUAUGUGUUAAGGAAAUGUACAUUUUAAAAGACUCAAAAGACACAAACACCUGCAUAUACACAGUCUGUUACUUUCUCCUGUUUUUUAAGCAGACAUUUCCUACCUUCAGAGAGUUGGCCAAGAAAACUGGCCACCGUCACCUCUGUAGGCUAAACAUGUAGCUUGACCUAGCUAGCUUAGCAUAGCAUAAAGAACGUUAAUGGGUGGAAACGGCUAUCUUAGAUCUUUUUAAAUCUCAUUAAGAUGUUUCAUCUUGUUGUUUUUAUUGGGGGGUGGAACAAGCUAGCUUUUGGCUAGGGCCAGUUGUACAAAAGGAAAACUACAUUGUUUUGUUCCUCUUAUGUAACUAAGACUCAAAGUGUUAAUCAGUGAGCUUUAGAUGUGGUGAUUGUUGGAUUUGGGUUGUUAUGUUCUUAUGCCAUGCUAGUUAUGCUAAGUUAACCAGCUCCCGGCUGUUGCUUCAUGUUUAGUCUACUGACACGAGAGUGGUGUCUCAUCUUCUCAUCUAACUCUUGGCGAGAAAGGUAAUGAGCAUACCUCUCUAACAUUAAUAUCAAAAUUUUUGUUCAUGGGACAGAAACAUUACUGAUCUUUAAUUUGUAUUGAAAAGUUAGUUGUUUGUCACUUUUUACUUACGAACAACUGAUACACUACACAAGGAAAACCUUUUUUCCCUAUUCCUUUAAUGUCCAGCAUGGUGCACGUCAGCAGAGAACAUCAACUGGCUGGUUAGGCUUUUAAAAGAAAACAACGAACAUGCAUAUCUAGACAUGAAUCUUUUUAACGUGCUCUGUACAGGAAAUCGGUAAACAACAGACAUACAAACUCUUUUUAGACUUAUUUUAACCCUGAUGUUGCUUUGGAUCAUGUUUUUCCUGCUGUCGAAUGUGUGUGUCUCCGUUCAAAUCUGCUUUACUGUGAGUGAAUGCUGAAGAGAAGAAAAGGAACUAGGAAAUACAACAAUAAGGAAGGAAGUCAGUAGGACGUCUGCAGUUUCAGUCUACAACAAUGCUGAGAUGUAUUUAUUUUCAACAUUGGGACCUGGCACCCCACAACAUGGGCCCCAAUUUAAGUAGAUUAAAAAUUGUAAUUUUAUUAGAUUUUAAUAAAUGUUAUAUGGUCAUUUUUAUUAAAAUUGACUUUUUGCCCAUA